AUGAACAAGAACCAGCCACUGAUGGACUGGUGCAAUGCGAACCCAAAGCUUGACUUUGUCUUCGACGAGGCUGGGCGACCUGCUAAAGACAUCAUCAUCGACUGCUGCGCUAAGAUCAUUCUGAGCCAGCUGGGAGCGUUUCACGUGGGUGACUGUGUAACGAUUCUUACUUUUUUUGUUUGUGUGCUCCGAACGGAAUGGGUUUGA